AGCGUAGUCACAAGACUACACGCAGCGGGACAGGCUUACCAAGGGUAUCUCGUCCCUGGGCCGUGUUUGUGUAAUGUCGCAGGCUCAGGUCGUCCCCGGCACCAUGGAUGUGACGAAAGAGAAACCGCGCAUAUCUGGAUGUUCCACGGACCACUGCUUGUCUCUGAGGUCGCUCCAACUCUGAAGGAUCCAGGCCGGCAUUACCUCGGCGUGGUGGGGUGGGGGGGCUUUGUCCGCGUGUGCCCGGCGGGCUGUUAUAUCGUGUCCGGCCACGGCUCGGUUGCGCAUAGUUUAAAGUGGCACCUUGGCCAAAUUAACUCUUCCCGUUGUUACAAGUCAAAAGUUAGGCGUUUCACAUCGACGGCCAGCCUCCCCUGGUGCUCGCUCGGACGGGUUAGUUGGGCGGGAGUUGGUGCUCGUGUAGGUGAUGUUGUCCGUACUGUCGUACGGUAGACUGGUUGCCAGAGCUGUCAUCGGCGGACUCUCUCAAACCGACAGCCGUGACUACAGCCUGGUGACAGCGAGCUGCGGCUUCGGGAAGGACUUUCGCAAAGGCAUCUUGAAGAAAGGGACGUGCUACGGCGACGACGCCUGCUUCAUUGCUCGACACAGAUCUGCUGAUGUUUUGGGUGUGGCAGAUGGAGUGGGUGGAUGGCGAGACUAUGGUGUGGACCCCUCUCAGUUCUCAGGAACCCUGAUGAAGACCUGUGAACGGCUGGUGAAAGAGGGGAGGUUUGUCCCUAGCAACCCCAUAGGAGUCCUCACCACAAGCUACUAUGAACUUCUUCAGAACAAAGUACCACUACUAGGUAGUAGCACAGCCUGCAUUGUGGUGCUGGACCGGCAGAGCCACCAGCUGCACACAGCCAAUCUGGGUGACUCGGGCUUCUUGGUUGUGCGGGGAGGUGAGGUUGUCCACCGGUCAGACGAGCAGCAGCACUACUUCAACACCCCUUUUCAGCUGUCUAUAGCUCCCCCAGGAGUAGAGGGCGCUGUUCUCAGUGACAGUCCCAACGCUGCAGACAGCUCGUCAUUUGACGUUCAGCUUGGAGACAUCAUCCUCACUGCCACCGACGGUCUAUUUGACAACAUGCCCGACUACAUGAUCCUGAAAGAGCUGAAGAAACUCAAGAACACCAACUAUGAGAGUAUCCAGCAGACCGCCAGGAGCAUUGCGGAGCAGGCCCACGUUCUGGCAUACGAUCCAAAUUACAUGUCACCUUUUGCACAGUUUGCUUGUGACAACGGACUAAAUGUAAGAGGAGGAAAGCCAGACGACAUCACAGUGUUGCUGUCCAUAGUGGCCGAGUACACUGACUAGCAAUUCUGUGUGGGAUGGAACUGUGGGCAUCUGACUCUACGGGCGUCAGGCUCUGUGACUCCUGCUGGUUAGGAUAAAGGGCUGAUAUUGGAUGGCUGGACCCCGCCUCCUGUGCUGCUACACUGCCUCUACCCCCACCUGACUGUUUCCCAACUGUCAUGCACGCCAGCCUCCCUGAUGUGAUUAUCCAUACCAAUUUAACUGCAGAAUGUAGGCUGGACAGACACAUUCUCUAGCCCAGUCUGCAGUGGGUGCAUCUUGGAAGUGCUCCAGUUGACAUUGGGUAAUCCUAUUCCUAAGAAUAAACACCAUCACCGGGCUCAUAGGAGAUGAGACUCCUGUCUGAAGUGGAUAAGUUGUCCUCUCCCGAGUGUGGGAUUGGGGCUGGCAGUAAAACUCAAAAGGUUGCAAGGUAGAAAGGGGGUCAGACAUAGUCAAACAUUUGGUAUUAGACUGUCAAAUGGCUCCUUGCUGUGCCCCUGGAAGGGAAAACGGACAGUCGAUUAGGCCAGGAGUACUGAAAGGGCAACUGAGCUGAUCUGGAACAGAAACUGGCAACACAGCAUUAGGGCUAAAUAAUUGGGCUGUGUUGUGCAAGAGGAUGUCCCCAAAGGGUUUCUAGUUUGACACAAUGCCAGGUUAGAAUACCUCAUCAAAGGGCCCGAGACCCUGUAUGCGGGUACAUGGGAGUAUUAACAACAUGAUAUGAGUGGUUGGCGAGUAGGUGUUUGAGAAAGGGACUAUGUAUUUCCUUUUUUUGCAGAGGGCGGGCAGAUUUAUGUCUCCCAAUAAUUCUUAAUGACAAACAGCAGCAGCUGCCUUUUCCAUAUCGGUGCAAUUUGUAUCUUGAUCUUGCAAAAACCUUGACACUUCAUGGCUGUUAAUAUAGAGGUCUUAUAAAGUAACAAACGAAGUCUAUGAUUUUAAUUCCCAAACCGAUGUCAUACCUUUGAUCUCACAGCUGCUGCUCAAGUAUUGAUUUUGCUUAAAAGGAUUGAGUGUGUGUGUGUGUGUGUAUGUUGCGCUCAUUGUCACAGUAUGUAACUUCCUGUCUGUUGCGUGUGUCAGAUGAUUUACGCAAUUGUCUCUAUAAAAAUUGUGCGAAUUCAAAUUCCAGGCAGAAUCCACUGGGCUACAUUGGUCAUACAGCCAUAGGAGGCACAAACCUUUUUUCCUGUUGGGACCGAUUUGAGUUUGAAGGACUGACUGUCAUAUCUGAAUAUUUCCUAUGUUCCUCUCAUCUCUUCCCUGCUGUAAAACCCCACUGGCACAUCUUUUAAGGUCAUUAAAGGUUUAAUUCCAUGUGCAAACUGAUCAUUGAGUUUGCAAUUUCCCUUGCUCCAGAUUUACGGCAGCAAUGACAUGACAUGCAACAACAGUUAAUUGUCUGUCAAACAUGUAUUCGAUUUGGUUUCAAAUUGCCGAGCAGAUGUGCCUUGUAUCAGUUUUUAUAGAUACUGGCAAAUAUGUACAUAAUUUUUUAAAUUCUCACUGUGUGCCCUAUAUUGGACACAGAGCCUAAAACUGUUGAGCAGCUAUAAAUCACAGCUUUCCCAUCAUGCCUUGCUGUCUUACUACUAAACUUUUCUCCUUGCUUGAAAUCUGCUGCUCUGGAAUCUGUUUUGGAAGUGGACAUUUUCAGAUAGGACAAUGUUUCUCAGAAAACUGCACUAUUUUGCUUGGUAAACUCCCAUUUUGUCCUCUAUGCCUUCCCUGGAUUGACAUGCUCAAAUUGGAAAUCUGCAGUCUUUGUCAUGGUGAAAUACAACUGAGCUGCCUAUCUUUAAGAAACGAGGUAUUGUUUUUAAUAACAUGCUCAAGGCUCCCUCCCUGGCUGAAGGCAUCUGACCGGCCCCGUUGGCUAUCACUUCCUGUUAGAAGUGGACCAAUGAGCGUGGCAGAGUAGAUUAAGAUCGGGUGAAAAGGAUUGCUGCCGCUCUGGUGAAAUGUUUCUUUUAAAAAUGUUUUUCAAACAUCGUGGCACUUAACAGUGAAGAUAAUCCAAGCAGCCUUAAUAUUGAAGCGAUCCUCCCAGUCAUGGUACUGUUACCUCUAGCCUUUGUUCCCACGUCUUACCAUAUUUCACAGUACCCGUCAUCUCCAUUUCAUCCUCCCUGUUUCAAAACACAAUUGUUACAACCAGAGAUGCAUGUCUAUAUAUGCAUAUAUAUAUAUUGGGUGUACAGUUCAACAAUGUAGAUACAAUUUCUGUAAAAAGUGUUUUCAGAUCUGUAUAAAUAUUUAAAUAAAGCAUAUAGUAUUUAUUAUCCUGGUAUGUUUAUUUUAAUAAAGGAUGGAAUGCCAUUUCUUUCCA